CCAACUGGACUAUGCUCUAGAAAAAACAACUUCUUUUUUCUGUUAUUAUAUAUAUUUUUAGCUUUUUUUUCGCAUGUGAGGUUACACAAUUACUGCCGACUUUUAUGUGCGAUAAGAUCACAUGAUUUAAAAUUAUUUCUUAAGCCCUAAAGAUGUCAAAUAACUUAAUUUGUGAGCUAUCCUAUGAUGGGAAACUUGAAGAAUUGCAAAAAAAGUUUUUGGAAGAUCCCAAACUGGCAAGCUCGAAAUUCCAGGAUGAACGACAGCCAUUACAUUGGGCUUGCUCAGGAGGUCAUGAUGUUAUAGUGGAAUACCUGUUAACAACUUGUAAUGUUCCUGUUGAUAAUCCAGACGAUUCUGGCUGGACACCAUUAAUAAUCGCAUCUUCUGCAGGCCGUGAUAACAUUGUGGCUGAACUGCUAAGAAGACAUUCGAACCCCAAUAGUCGAACUUCUACUGGGCAUACUGCCCUUCAUUAUGCAGCUUCAAGAAAUCGAUAUAAGAUUGCAGAAAUGUUGGUGUCGUCUGAUGCUGAUCUCAAUGCACAAGACUAUGCAACAUCAGCAACUCCUCUACACAGAGCUGCAUCUAAAGGUAAUCUAAAGAUUGUGCAACUUUUGUUAGACAACAAAUGUAAAGUCGAUCUGACUGACUCAGAAGGAAACACAGCCUUACAUUUAGCUUGUGAAGAGGAAAGAACUGAAGUUGCAGAGUUGUUGAAUUUGCAUGGUGCUUCUUUGACUGCACAAAAUCAAGAUAAAAAGACACCUUUAGACUUCGCUCCACCUUAUCUAAAAAGACGUUUAAAAGGAGACUGACGCAGUAACAAUGUCUCAAUGUCUUCCUCGUUGUUUUGGAGUUUUGGUUUGAAGUAGUUAUCUAAAUAUUUACAAAUAAAGCUAAGCAUUAUAGAGUUAAGCUAAAUAUUUUACAUUGUGUAGAUAUUCUUGCAGUUUGUUUUUAUAAAUUCGAACUUUUUUUUGUUGUUGUUGCAUGGCAAAAUGACAAGGUAUAGUUUUAAAGUUAAAUACAGUUUGGUAAUGUGUAACGCUAACUCACUUUCAUAGCUCCUCUAUUUGUUUGCAGGUAAACGCUUUUUUAGGUAGAAAUAAUACUAUAGAUCAUACAGGAUUUAUUUAAUUUUCUUAGUAUUUUUAAAAACGAAAAAUAUGUGUAUAUUGGCAUUAUUUUUUGUACUUUUGUGUUUCAAGGCUAAAGGCUCAUUAGGUUGUCUAUGUAAAGGCUUUGUGGCUUAAGGAUGAAGAGAAAAUUUAAAACCGAGUACCAGUUUGUAUAUAAGUGAAAAACAAGUUUUCAUUCCAACUUUAAUUUCAGCAUACGUGUUUUGCGACCGUAAAUUAUUGUGUUGCGUAUUUUUAUUAAAUAGCAUUUUUAUUAUUUUUAUUAUUUAAAAUAUUCUUAAGUUUUAAGAAGUAUAUUUUGAAAGAUUUUAUGACAUCAUACUGCUCUAAAUAAAUAUAUUAAAUCACUUAA